AUGGCAGAAUGUACCGGUACUAUUAUGUGGUUCGUCAUUCUCACUGUACUUAGUGUGUACUGGGUUGAGUUCGUUGGAGCUGUGCUGCUUGCAAAGUAUAGAGCCACCUACAGCGGACCCAGCCCUGAUACUCCAACCUGUUGCACGGACAGACCCGUCUACGGCAGUAUAAAAAUCAUCUCCUCCAAAAAAAUCAAAUCCGCAUUUCAGUGCGGUCUUCACUGUACACAAUUCAACAUUACGGAUACCGAUACGGUUCCUAAUAGCGAUACUGUGCGAUCGAGUUGUACCUUUUUCAAUUUCAAGACUAAUACCACCUCCGGUUUGAAUCGUUGCGAGUUGUACUCGAGCCGGUAUGCCUGCUUCAACACUUCUGUCCUUGAUGGUUGUACGCUAUACCAGGCCACACCCUAUCUUGGAUUCUCGAUUUUUGAUUGGCUGGUCAUCCUACAGCGCGAAAAUAGAUUGUACAAUUUUUAUUUAAAGUGGGCCAGUUAUAAAGAGGGAUUUGGAAUCUUUCCGAACAAUUUCUGGAUGGGGCUGGAAAAGGAUCGGCAUAUGAACAAGUAA